AUCUGAAUUUCUGGGCUGAGGUGCAGCCUCCUUCCGGCUCCACCCUUUCCCAGGGCUGGUAUUACAUAAACUAAUCCACACGCAGCAUCUCGUAGGGAGGGCAGCCCCUCGGCAUGGGUAUCUGGGCUCGAGUGAGUAUCUUGGGCACCCUGGCUUUCUGUGUGCACCAGAAGAGGGUAGCCCUGGCUGAGUUGAGAAGGGACAAAACUCAGUAUAGCAGCGAUCGCCAUCAGCUGGAGCUGAAGUUGGUCCAGGUCAUAUUUCGGCAUGGAGCUCGCACUCCUUUAAGACCGAUCCCGAAAGCAGAGCAGGUGGAGUGGCAUCCAACUCUGUUAGAAGUCCCCGCUCAAACCCAGUUUGAUUACACAGUAACUGACCUCUCUGGUGGGCCAAAACCCCACUCCCCUUAUGAAGAUCAAUACAAAAAGACCACAUUGAAGGGUGGUGUCAUUGCUGGGCAGCUGACAAAAGUGGGGAUGCAGCAGAUGUUUGAACUGGGGGAAAGGCUGAGGAGAAGCUACGUGGAGAAGAUCAACUUUCUAUCUCCGGUGUUCAAACCUUCCGAGGUCUUCGUCCGUUCCACUAAUAUUGUUCGCAAUCUGGAGUCCACACGUUGUCUGCUGGCUGGGCUGUUCCAACAGCAUAAAGAAGGACCCAUUAAUAUCGUCACUGAUGAAGCAAGCACUGAAAUCCUCUACCCCAAUUAUCAGAACUGCCAGCGCCUGAAGCAUUUGAGCAGGGGUAAAAUGGAAAGUGUCUUGUUGCAGCCGGGCAUCUCUGAUGAUCUGAAAAUGAUUCGAGAGGAGAUGGGGAUCGACAGUGAGAAGCCUGUGGAUUUUUUUCUUCUACUCGACAACAUCUUUGCUGAGCAGGUACAUGACUUGCCCAGCUGCCCUGUGCUGAAGAACUUCCUGAAAACGAUUGAGCGUCGAUCCAUCGACUCAAUGAUUUACAUCAUGGAACAUAAUUCAAGAGAGGUUCUCCAGAUGUGUGUUGGUCCUCUUCUCUAUGCUGUACAUGAGAAUAUAAUGAAAGCAAUGGAUCCAUCAUCUCCUGCUACAGAAGCCAGAAAGCUCAUUCUCUAUGCUGCUCAUGAUGUUACCCUCAUUCCUCUGUUGAUGGCACUGGGGAUCUUUGAUCACAAGUGGCCACCCUAUGCUGCAGAUGUGACAGUGGAACUGUAUCAGCAUCAGCAAUCCAAAGAAUGGUUUGUACAUCUGUCUUACCAUGGAGAGGAACAAUUGGUGAGAGGAUGCAGAGCAGAUCUCUGCCCGCUGGAGGAAUUUCUAAAUGCUCUAUCACACUAUGCUGUAAGUCCAGAGGAGUACAGUGUCCUUUGCUCCCAGAUGGACAAGAACCAAACUAAUUCAUAAGUCAUAUUUAAAUAAAACUCAGUU